CGCGGGGCUCAGCUGCUGCAGUGCCCAAGUCGGUUCCGACAGAGUGGCUUGCAGGUCGACAGACGGACGCACGCAGAGACACUGCGAUCCCCACCCCCGCGCCACCGCCGCCGCAGCCCGCCGCUGGCCAGCCCUUCCAUCCGCCCCUCGCCCGGGUGCCCGGCCCUAGACUGCCAGCUGCUCCGCGUCCCGGUUCGCCAUGCGCUCAGCUGUCCUGGCACUUCUGCUUUGCACCGGGCAAGUCAUUGCCCUCCCUGUGAACAGCCCGAUGACUAAAGGGGACACUGAGGUGAUGAAGUGCAUCGUCGAAGUUAUCUCUGACACACUUUCCAAGCCCAGCCCCAUGCCCGUCAGUCAGGAGUGUUACGAGACACUCCGAGGAGAUGAGCGGAUCCUUUCCAUCCUGAGACAUCAGAAUUUACUGAAGGAACUCCAAGACCUCGCCCUCCAAGGUGCCAAGGAGAGGGCUCAUCAGCAGAAGAAACACAGCAGCUUUGAAGAUGAACUCUCGGAGGUCCUUGAGAACCAGAGCCACCAGUCUGAGCUGGAGGCGGUGGCUGGAGAGGCGUCCUCCAAGGACACUGUGGAGAAACGAGGGGAUUCUGAAGAGGCAGAGAACGGAGAAGCCACCGAGAAAGAUGGGUCCCCAGUGCUGCCGGAGCCUGGGCAGGGGUCUGAGACUGAGCAGGAUCCCCAGAUCCCUGGGGAGGAGGAGGCUGCCAACACCAACCCCCCAACCAGCCUCCCUGGCCAGAAACCCCGAGGCCCACAGGCCAAGGGGGCCAGUGCGGGUCUCCUCCAGGAUCUGCUGGACACAGAGAAGGGCCGGGGUGCGGAGCGAGGCCAGCAGGCCAAGAGAGAGGAGGAGGAGGAGGCUGGAGGGGAGGCCAUCACUGAGGAGGAAGGGCCCACUGUGGCGCUGAACCCCCACCCGAGCCCCGGCGACAAGGAGACCCUGAGGGGUGAAAGUCAGCCCGAGGCUCUGGCCACGGACGCGGCCGGGAAGACCAAGGGCAAGGGCGAGCGGGAGCACUCCCAGCAGGAGGAGGACGCGGCAGGGGCCCCUCAAGGCCCCCUUCGGGGCGGGAAGAGCAGGGAGCUGGAGCAGGAGCAGGACGAGGAGGAGGAGCGGCUCUCCAAGGAGUGGGAGGACGCCAAGCGGUGGAGCAAGAUGGAGCAGCUGGCCCAGGAGCUGACGGCCGAGAAGCGGCUGGAGGACGAGGACGAGGAGGACCCCGACCGCUCCCUGAAGCGGCCCUUCCGGACCCAGGCCUUCGGCUUCGGGCGCCCUGGGCCACUGCUCCGCCGGGGCUGGCGGCCGUCCUCCCGGGAGGACAGCGACGAGGCGGGCCGGCCCCUGCCCGGGCGCGGCUUCCUGGAGGAGAAGAAGGAGGAGGAGGGCAGUGCCAACCGCAGGCCCGAGGACCAGGAGCUGGAGAGCCUGUCAGCCAUCGAGGCGGAGCUGGAGAAGGUGGCCCGGCAGCUGCAGGCUCUGCAGCAGGGUUGAGGCACUGGCCAGCGGGCCUGGCCAGGGUCCCGAGGCACCUGGUGGUCCUGGCUCUGCGGUCCCCUUGGCAGGUCCUGGCCAGACGGUCUGGGCUCUCCUGCUGAUGGGGAGGCAGCCCUGCCACCUGCCCAAGCCCAGGCCGCCUGCUGCCCCCGCACUCCCCUCCGCCCCGCUCUUGAUCCCUGCCCUGGUGUGCCCGUCUGCAGGGCGGGCCCCUACGUUAAACAUGGUUCAUUCUCUCUGAUCACAGGCAGCUUUCUCCAAGUUUCCCUUCCACCGUCAGAUCCGGUGGGUAUGUCUGCAAUAACUUCUGACCUUUUGAUGAAAGUGGAGAACUCCUGACUAUACUAUAUUCUGUACAAAAUUUAUCUACAGAAAAAUAAACCUGCUCUGGGCUCUU